AUGCUGUCAAACCCAAGUUUUCUAGUUGCUUGGGUAUUCAAGGCAAGGUACUUCCCACAUGAUGAGAUACUUAAUUCUAAGAAGGGAAGCAGCCCCUCUUAUGCUUGGAGAAGCAUCCAUAAUAGCCUUGAUGAGCUAAGGAAGGGGACAAGGUGGAGAGUGGGCAAUGGUAGAAGAAUCCAUAUUUGUGAGGACAAGUGGUUGCCAACUCCAACAACUUACAAAGUGACCUCCCCUCCAACAGACUUUGAGGAUUUUCCCAUGGUAGCUUCUCUUAUUGAUCCUGAUACCAGAUGGUGGAAAGCAAACACGAUAAGGUCUUUGUUUCUUCCCUUCAAAGCUAGCACAAUCCUUAAGAUUUCCCUAAGCUACAACCUUCCAGAAGAUAGACUAAUUUGGGUGGGAAACAAAAAAGGAAUUUUCACUGUCAAAAGCGCAUAUUAUAUAGCUUGUAAUUUGGUUGACACAGUUGAAGGAGCCUGUAUGAAUGGCCUUCCUACUAUGUUAAACCUAACAACUAGGGGCGUUAACUCCUCUGGCUUCUGCCCCCUUUGUGAUAAGGCAAUAGAGAAUCUUCCUCAUGCCCUCCUCCACUGUGAUCACGCCAAGCAGACCUGGUCUUUAUGGCAAGACUGUUCAGUGAAUUUAGUUUCCUUAAUUCUAGACCCAAUAGACAUCGCCUUGAAUCUUCUUGAAAAGGGAACAAUCAAUGACCUUGAAAUUUUCUUCACGGAGUUUAAGGGAGCUUGCACUUCCUUCUCCCUUCAUCAGAAUCCCUCUGCCACUAGCUGGAGACCUCCCCCUUUAGGCUUCUUCAAAAUCAAUGUGGACGGCGCUGCCACUGAGGAUAGUGGAAACUCCAGUAUCGGGGUCAUAAUCCACGACUCCCAUGACACUGCUAUUGCAGCAUUGAACAAGGUCCUUCUAGCCCCUUACACAAUAGAAGUGACUGAAGCUCUCGCAUUGCUCCACGGUGCUUUAUUUGCCUUGGAAAUGGAGGCUUCCUAUGCAAUAUUUGAGUCAGAUGCCCUCUCUCUCAUCCAAUCAAUUAACUCAGGGGUUGUGGGAGGUGAGAUCGGACACAUUUUGUAG